AUGGCAACCUAUAUACCCAUUGAUUCGACAACACGAAAUCGAGAUGUGAGCGGGGAGAAAAGCAAAGCAAAACCGAGACGUUCAGAACAUGAAGAGCAAAAUUACAGAUACAGCCUACCAUCAGAGAAUCAACCAGCUAAAGCGACAGAAAAGGAAACUUUGCAAUAUAGAACAUUUUCUGCGCCCUUGAAGGCAGGAAAAAAAGAAGAACCCACAGAUGAUGAUGUGGUAAGACAUAUUAUCAGGCUAAGAGAAAAGUUGGGCUGGCAAACAUUACCAUACCGUAAUCUGGAAUACAGGAGUUUCAAAACUACAGCUCAGAAGAUUAUUCUAAAGGAACCUCUGAAAGAUGAUGGAGAAUUUGUGUAUUGUCUCCCUCGGGAAAAUCCUGAAGUCUUUUAUAAUCAGUAUGAUCUUCAGGUCGUCUCUGCCCACAGAGCCAGACAUUGCAAAGAAUUUUGGAUGGUCACUGCUUCAUUUGUUUCAAAGGUAACAGACAGCGAGGGGAAAUCAAAACAAGUAGAACUCAUACCUGCUUUGGAAUGGCUGUUAGAAAGGAGGUGUUACUGUUUAUUACGGCAAUUCAAGAUCUUUUCCAAUUUUCGGUGA